AUGAGCACGCCCACCCCCAAACCCGCCGUAACCUGCCACGUCCUCAACACCAGCACCGGCAAGCCCGCGCCAGGCAUCCCCUGCACGCUGUCGCGGUUCCUGAAGCUCGACGACGGCACGCCGUCGUCGUCGUCGUUCGAGGUUGCGCGCGCGCUCACAAACGCCGACGGCCGCGUGGCGGCGUGGGAGACGCGGCAGAAGGGCGCCGCGGGGAGGUUGGCUGUCGAGGAGGGGUUUACGUACAAGAUUCGCUUUGAGACGUGGGAGUAUUUUGGUGGCGAGACUUUUUUCCCCUAUGUGGAGGUGGUGUUUACGGUGAAGGAUGCGGGGCAGCAUUAUCAUAUUCCGUUGCUGCUGGCGCCGUAUAGUUAUACGACGUAUCGGGGGUCGUAG